AUGGCGCUGUCACUGGCGCGAUUGAAGUUUAGAAAGACUCGCUCGAAAACUGCCACAACCGUACUUUCUACCCAUUCCAGUAUUUCUCCAGCGAGCGAUACUAAAGACUCCGAGCCCACCGAAAGGUUUGGUCUUUUCCACUUGAAUCCGAUUCCGACGGUUCCGAAUGAAGAAGAGCCAGUUUAUAGACUUGAUGUUGUGGCACUGCAUGGUAUAAAAGGCGAUGCAUUCAAAACAUGGACGGAGAAGAGGGAAGAUAAUAAGAAGAACUUCUGGUUAAAGGAUCAGUUACCAGUUGAGCUCCCAGGUGCGAGGAUAUUCUCGUAUGGCGGCCGUGUGAGAGAUGAUUUGAUCAUGCCUCUAGCGCGAGAUUCGCCGGUCUUGAGAGAUAUACAGCAAAAAUUCAAGGAAAGGAAGUUGUAUGAAGGGUUGAUGAUCGCCAGUUUCCAGGAGCAAGUAAUUUGUACGGGAUUGAAAGGAUUGGUUGUUGACAAGGAAAGUGCACUGUUACACAUUCCGAAUGAACGGGCGGUGCCGAUGAAUCGUGACCACCGAAAUAUUUGCAGGUUUAGUGGACCGGAAAGCAAGUCAUACCAGAGAGUUUGCGGCAUUCUGAAAGAAUAUGCUGAUAAAGCUAAUAUGACUGUUCAACCAGAACUUACAUCAGAUGACAAAGCUGUGUUGUCCUCCAUACACUAUCCCGAAAUGGAGCAAAGACGCCACAAUACAAACGGCGCCUAUCCGGGCACCUGUACCUGGAUCUUGAAAGAACCUGCCUACCUACGAUGGAAAGCUGCCCAGCGUAGCUUGAUAUGGAUAAAAGGCAAACCAGGUGCAGGUAAGUCCACACUUAUGGCAUAUAUCCUGUCAAAUAUUCGCCAUUAUGAUUCCGGCCAGCUAGUUUUGAAUUUUUUCUUCCAUGGUCGAGGUUCUCCUCUCCAAAAAAGCCCAGAGGGAAUGUACAGAGAAUUGUUACAUCAACUCUACCUCCAGGCAUUUCCUAUCCGUAAAUUGCUUCGAAAGUCUUUCAUCCAGAAAAAUGCGCCCGGGAAAUCAGAGAAUGAUUGUGUUUGGACUGAAGAUGAAUUAAAAGAAUGGCUCUUCAAUGCCAUCACACAAAUUGCAAAAUCACAGCCCGUCGUGUUAUAUGUCGAUGCACUUGAUGAAGCUGGCGAUGAUAAUGCGAGGAUUCUAAUUAACUAUUUCGACGAUAUGAAAAAGAGAGUAACCGCAGAUAAUGGGUUUCUAAAGAUCUGUGUUUCUUGUCGACAUUAUCCGAAUGUCUCUUUAAGUGACGGCUUUGAAGUCAACGUGGAAAAUCAUAACAAGCCAGAUAUUACAGUCUUCGUUCAUGCGGAGCUGGUUUCAAAAAUUCGAAACUGGGACAAUGACCCUGUAGCUAUUGAGGGUAGGGAGAAAAUGGAAGCUGCCAUAGUAAAGAAGUCGCUGGGUGUCUUCCAAUGGGUCAAGCUUGUGGUUUCGAAAGUUGCCUACGAGUUGAAUGAAGGAGCGAGCUUGAAAGAUAUCCAUCUUAUGUUGGAAAAGGUACCAAAUGAUUUAGGUCUCGUCUACAAAGAUAUUCUCACUAAUGUCAUUAAAGCUGAAUAUCGAUCCAAGACAUUGUUGUUGAUGCAAUGGGUUGCAUUUGCAAUUCGACCCUUGAAUUUAAUCGAGCUACGGCAUGCCUUAGCAUUAGAUGAACCGCUCCAACAGGAAAAACUGAGUUGCCGGGAUGUCGAAGGUUUUGUCGAAACUGAUGCGAGAAUGAAGAUCUUGACGAAAAGCCUGUCUGGUGGACUUGUCGAAGUCGUUCUCUACACUUCCGGCGAGUAUAUGGUACAGUUCAUUCAUCAGACCGUGGUUGAUUUUGUGAGCUCUGAGGGUCUUAAGUUUUUGUUCGCUACCAUAGGAGAUCCUAGUUCUGAUGGAUCGCUACGACACAAAUCGGAGAUUUCGGAUGAUGAGAUCAUAGGAAGAAGUCAGGAUAGACUGGCAAGGACUUGUACGAACUACUUCAGGUCUGGAGAGCUCGCCCUGCAGGGGAAGUCUGAAGAUUUGUCUCCCGACGAAAUGGAAGCACAAUACAAGACGAAAGCUUUUGGUGUUUACGCUCAUGAGUCGUGGUUGAAACAUGCAGAGCUGGCUGAGAGGAGGGGUGUAUUGCAAGACAGUAUUCUACAGGAAAUUGAGACUUACGACCUACUGAAAAUAUGGCUCAAUUUUUCUCAUGCACCUCCUGAAUCGAACUAUUUUGGACACGACGCCCCGGAUGAAGUGAAGCUCUUACAUAUGUUUGCGGCUGUAAAUCUACAGGGCCCUACUAAAACUCUUCUUGGAAGAGCGAUGCAUUAUGCAGCCGCCAAUGGGCAUGUUGAACUAGUGCAGAUGCUUGUAGAAGCUGGUGCAGGUGCAUCUAUAUAUCAAUCCGAUGAUAAUUAUAACACCCCUGUACAAUUAGCCGCUAGAAAAGGGCAUGAGAAAGUCGUGAAAUUCUUACUCGAGAAGGGCGCCGACAUUGAUGGAGACUCCGCGGGUGCUAACGCGUUGCAGGCGGCUGCUAGGGCUGGAAUGAAAGAUAUGGUUCUGUUUCUGUUAAAAGCUGGUGCAGCAGUCAACGCGCCGAGUGGAAUCAAGGGGGAUGCUCUCCAGAGUGCAGCGAGUGAAGGCAGGGUCGAGAUCGUCAAACUUUUACUAGAAAACGGUGCAACUUUUCAGGACCACAAGGACUCUCUAUUUGGCAAUCCGCUUUCGGCGGCAGCUCAUAAGGGCAGCCGUGAACUUGUUGAUUUGUUCUUAGAAAUGGGAGUUUCGAUCAACAUUUCUGGAGGACGGUACGGCACUCCGCUCCAAAGUGCAAUAAAUGCUCAGCAUCUCCGUCCCAACAUUGAAUUUAUACGCUACCUCCUUUCCAAAGGCGCUGAGAUCAAUGCCCAAGGAGGGCAAGAUGGAUCUGCUUUACAAGCCGCCGUUAACAGACACGGACGGCGUCUCGAACCACACAUGGUAGAAAUCACACAUUUAUUACUGGAAAAGGGAGCAAAUGUGAAUAUUGGGGGUGGGGCAGCUGGAGGAGUGCUUCAAGCAGCUGCGGCCAGUGGUCAUGACGAAUUAGUACAAUUAUUCAUUGAAUAUGGUGCCUCAAUCGAUUCUUCGGAGGGGCUUUAUGGAAGUGCUCUCACUAAUGCUUGUUACCAUGGGCACAAAUCUACUGUACAGCUUCUCCUUAGGGCCGGAGCCAAAAUGUAUUCGGAUCAACCACUCGAACACAAUACCCCAUUGGAGGAAGCCGCCGAGGGUGGUUAUACUGAAAUCGUCAAGAUCUUGCUCGAUGCUGGAGCCGAUGUUAGUGAUACAGGGGCCGACCGGCUUGCUCUUCACUCAGCAGUGAAAGACAAGACGAUAUUUGAACUUAUACUCAAUCACGGAGCCAAUAUUCAUGCUUCCGGGGGACGAUACGGAAAUGUUCUUCAGGCUGCUGCAAAAGGGGGAAACGUGGAAGUUAUGGCAAUAUGUCUAGAUUAUGGAGUUGACAUUAACAAAGACGGCGGAGGAUUCGGCAAUGCACUUCAGGCCGCCAUAAUCAGCGGCAGAGAGGCUUUUACAUACUUGUUGAAUCGAGGGGCAGACCCUUUUCUGGUGGGAGGUAAGUUUGGCACUGCUCUCCAGACUGCUGCAUAUCAAGGAGCAGUAGAAAUAGUAGAAACAUUACUGGGCCUGGGUGUAACGGAUGCGGAAGGAGGUUUUUGGGGGAGUGCUUUGGAGGCCGCUGAGCAUGGGAUAGGCAAUGCGGCGGACAAAAAUGUCAUAAUAAAUCUGCUCGAGGUACAGGGUGGCGGCAUCAGAUUACCAUUUCCCGAUAAGAAAAGUUCUAGAGCUCAGGAAGAAAGGUAA